GUGACGUCUGGAAUCGUUUUGGAAGAUGGCUCCCACUCAGCGCACCUCAAAGAGAGAAUCAGUGGUGGUGAUACCGACUCUGCUUUCGAUAUCGGUGACUUCUUAGCACUGUGGAGGUUCGGCCAAGGGAACGCAAGCAGCUUUGGGAAGACUGGUGAUCUUCACAUUAGUACUGACAAAGUCUGUCUACCAUGAGCUCGGAGGAGGAAGUUAAGCAGAAACUGCUAUGGAACGUGAAGAAGGAGGUAAAACAAAUUAUGGAGGAAGCAGUCACAAGAAAGUUUGUGCAUGAAGACAGUAGUCACAUCAUCGCCUUGUGUGGUGUGGUAGAAGCAUGCUUCCUUCACAUGCUGAAACGCAGAGCCGCUGGCUUCCUCCGCAGUGACAAAAUUGCAGCACUCUUUACAAAAGUUGGGAAGACAUGUCCUACAGUAGCAGAUAUAUGCAAGAAAGUGCAAGAACAACUACAGCAGGUGGAAAGCAGAAAGAACCAGUCUUUUGAUCAAGAAUCACUAAAAAGGCAAGGCUCAUCUGCAGGAAAACCUCCAACACUGACACCUCAAGCUGUGAAGCACAUUUGGGUUCGGACAGCUUUAUUUGACAAAGUACUAGAUAAAGUUGUAGAGUACAUUGUUGAGAAUUCCAGUAAAUUUUAUGAAAAAGAAGCUUUAAUAGCAGAUCCAGUUUGUGGACCAAUCUUGGCAUCUCUUUUAGUUGGACCAUGUGCAUUGGAGUAUACGAAACUCAAAACAUCUGACCACUACUGGACAGAUCCUUCAGCUGAUGAAUUGGUUCAGAGGCAUCGAAUUCAUGGAGCUCAUGGACAUCAGGAUUCACCGUCCAAGCGUCCUGCACUCGGAAUUAGGAAGCGCCACUCAAGUGGAAGUAUGUCUGAGGACAAGUUUGCAGCUUCAGCACGAGAAUAUGUUGAAUCUUUGCACCAGAACUCACGUUCACGUCUACUGUAUGGUAAAAACAAUGUGCUUGUCCAACCAAAAGAAGAUAUGGAAGUACUGCCAGGUUAUCUCUCACUCCAUCAGUCUGCUGAAACAUUGACAUUAAAGUGGACUCCAAAUCAGUUACUGAAUGGAACCCUUGGAGAUUCAGAGCUUGAGAAAAGUGUUUACUGGGACUACGCUUUAACAGUGCCAAUAAGCCAGAUAGUCUGCAUUCACUGCCAUCAGAAAUCUGACUGUAGAGGAACAUUAGUACUGGUGAGCCAGGAUGGAAUUCAAAGGCCGCCCCUUCAUUUCCCUCAAGGUGGGCAUCUUCUUGCUUUUCUGUCUUGCCUAGAAAAUGGACUGUUACCCCGGGGCCAAUUGGAUCCACCACUGUGGUCACAGCAUGGAAAGGGCAAAAUAUUUCCAAAGCUACGGAAACGGAACAGCACAAACAAAUCUGUGGACUUUGAAGAGCUCCCAGAUGAGAUUGCUUCGGAUUAUGUUUUCAGAAUCCUUUAUCCUGGCCACAAGAAUGAUCGCAUAACUAUUAACUACCACCACUUAGCUGCCAGCCGCUCAGUUUCUCUUGAUGAUGAUGAGGAGGAAGAGGAUAGGCUACACGCAAUGAUAUCAAUGAUCUGCUCACGGAACCUCACAUCUCCUAAUUCGAUGAAAGAUACAAGUGAGAUGAUUGAGAUGCAAGGAUUUGGUGCUAGUCUGUUGUCCUGGCAACCCGGGGAGCACUGUAGCCUACCAUCUUCCUGUUUUUCUUGCUCAACAGGAAGCUCUCCAUUUGAUGUGCCCAGUUGUUGCAGUUGUAUUCAUGACAGGACUCCUUUGAAGAUGCUUUGUGAAAAUAUGAAGAGACAGAUUGUUUCCCGCGCUUUUUAUGGAUGGCUUGCAUACUGUCGGCAUCUGUCCACAGUGAGGACGCACCUUUCAGCACUUGUGAACCAUGCAAUUAUCCCUCCUGAUAAACCAACAGAUGCAUCCGGUGGCCUCAGUAAAGAUGUGUGGAGUAAAUAUCAAAAGGACAUGAAGAACUACAAAGAACUGGAGCUGUUGAGACUUGUUUACUAUGGAGGAGUUCAACAUGACAUUAGAAAAGAGGUCUGGCCAUUCUUGCUGGGUCAUUACAAAUUUGGCAUGAGAAAAAAGGAUAUGAAUCAGGUUGAUGAAAAUAUUGCUGCCAAAUAUCAGAAAGUAGUUGCAGAGUGGAAAGCUUGUGAAGUUGUUGUGAAACUACGAGAAAAGGAGACGCAGUCUGCUAUUCUUGCUAAGUUUUCUUCAGGCAGCAGUAUUGAUAGCCAUGUGCAACAUUUGCUUCAUCGGGACUCCACAAUCAGCAAUGAUGUUUUUGUUUCUCUGGAUGAACUAGAUGCAACAGACAGACCUAGAAAACACCAUGAUGACCCAUCCACCACUAUAGUUCCUGCAGACACACCAGGUGCUGUAGCAGAAGAGAGGCCACCUAUGGAGUUUGACUCCCCUGACUCUGGACUUCCUUCUUCUCGCAAUUAUUCUGUGGCAUCAGGCCACUCUCAUGUACUGUCCAGUAUAGAUGGCAGUCAAAGCUUAUCUUUGGAAGAGUGUGCAGAAGAUGCACCUAACAAUGAAUUGGUAAGGCAAGGUCAUACAACGGAACACACGUCUGAGCAUCAAGAUUCCGUGAUUGAUGAAGAGCAGUUGUGUUCCCCACCAGAGUAUCCAGCAGCUGAAAAUGCCAACAAAUCUCUCUCUGUUACCUCAUACACAAUAGAAUUACUAGAUGCUGUUGCAUUAAACCUACAUAGAAUUGAUAAAGAUGUUCAAAGAUGUGAUCGUAAUUACUGGUAUUUCACCACAGCUAACCUAGAAAGACUACGAAAUAUAAUGUGCAGCUAUGUCUGGGAGCAUCUAGAUGUUGGAUAUGUUCAGGGGAUGUGUGACCUUUUAGCCCCUUUGAUGGUCGUCCUAGACAAUGAGCCAUUGGCCUAUAGUUGCUUUUCCCAACUGAUGAAACGAAUGAGUCAAAACUUUCCAAAUGGAGGAGCCAUGGAUACACAUUUUGCAAACAUGCGAUCUCUUAUACAGAUUCUGGAUUCAGAACUGUUUGAGCUUAUGCACCAGAAUGGAGACUACACUCACUUUUACUUUUGUUACCGAUGGUUCCUGCUUGACUUCAAGAGAGAAUUGGUAUACGAGGAUGUAUUUGCAGUUUGGGAAGCUAUUUGGGCAGCAAAGCAUAUAUCUUCAGAGCAUUUUGUGCUUUUUAUUGCCUUAGCACUGGUUGAACUUUAUCGGGAGAUCAUUCGGGACAACAACAUGGACUUCACAGAUGUCAUCAAAUUUUUUAAUGAAAUGGCAGAACAUCAUGAUGCACAAGAGAUUUUGAGAAUAGCAAGAGAUCUAGUUUACAAAGUACAGACCCUUAUUGAAAAUAAGUGAAGGUGGUCAUGGAAAAAUGUGCCAGUGUGACCUCUUGUGUCAGAGAAGGGCCAUCUAGAAAUAUUGAUCCAAAGCUUCUUGCACUGAAGAUUUCAAAUGGUGUUUUACUGACAACUUCCAAGCAAGCUGGGAAACAUUGUGAAAUCUGUUUCAGAGUAGAAUACAAAAUGUUCCAAGAUCUUUAAUUUGUAAAAUUUCAUAUCUUGCAAAAAUGGCCAUCUGUACUGAAUAUUAUCAGUAGUAGGUCAUGAGAAAUAAACUGUAGUGCUCACCAUUGAAAUCCCAUUAUAUGGCUCUACCUGGUCAUUUUUGAACCAAGGGUCGCAAAAGGGUUAUUUGUUGUUGCCUUUAUUCCUUACCCCCCAAAAAGUAUGUGCUUGCCAAAAGAUGCUGCAUUUGAGGUGCUUAAAAAUAAUGGGUUUGCACUGUCUCUUCCCAUGGGAAGUUUUUAUUCUAAAAUGUUAUUGUCACUGUAAUCAGACAAAAAGAGAAUUUAGGCUAUUAGACAAGUUGUUCUGUUGUAUUACAGAGAUGUACAUUCGUAUUAUUCAGUUGUGCUGCCGUGACAGUUUAUAUCUGUCAUUUAACAGUUAUGUCUGAUCACUGAUUUUGUUUUGAAACUUCAGAGAUGUAAAACAAUGUACGACUGUUAUCUGAAGAAAUAAGUCUGAUAAACGGAUUAUGCUUAAGUCUCUAAAUAAUGACACUGAUGUUCUCGGGAACACGUCAGUAAAAUUGAAACUCUGUUACAGUACCUGCAAUUUGGAUCAAGUUCUAGAACAUUAGGCUUGGAUUCAGUCCAUGGUAUGUGGAGCACUGUAUUGGUAUUCAGAGUGCGUUACACUUGAUGCUGUUUUUAGGUAACUGAAAGUGACCUAUCUCCCACCUCAGGUUCUCAAGUGGAGCUAAGAUGCACACACGAGUGAGGCAGUCUGCCUCAGAAAGCAUUAUAGGUGGUAUUCACUGCACUCCAGUAAGCUCAUUGGUCCAUGGCUGUGAAGGCAGUUAUACAUGUGCCUUUAGGAAAGAGGGAAGAAGACAGGGCAAACUACACGUGGAUAAGGGGCAGAGAACACAAGAAGGAAGUAACAGCUUUUGUAGUAAUCUGUCCCGGUACAUGCAUUCCAUUUGACACAUCUUGUGAAGAUCAUACAUGAAACUAUUUUUAUUAGCUUCUGUCUAACUAUACAGUUGGCUUUAAGCCUUAAUGAUUGGCAAAAUUAUUUCAUUGUUAUUUAGAAAAUACUUUGAAUCCUUUGCAUUUAGUCAUGAUGUAUUUAAAACAUUUUUAUUUUCCUUUUUUUUUUCAUAUUUAAUUGGAUUUUUACUUUUCAGCAUUUGAUGACCAACUUGAUCGAUCAUUCGGUUACACCUGUUUAUUUCUUCCAAAACUGAGAUGAUCUCAGCAUGGCUUCCAUGCAGACAGCUAUUAGGAGAUUUCUGCUUAUGCCAUAACCUCACACACACGCAUCCAUAAUUGCUCAGGGGGGUUGGUAUACACUGUACAAACCACGGGGACAUCACUCACUAAAUCGCUUGGGAGAUGACUCUUGACAUCACCCAUCUCUCCAUAGGAAGAGAGAUUCUGCAAAUUCUCUAGUCUCCAACAGGGAUGCACUACCAUGACAGGAAUCACACCAAAAUAAAUACAAUUCCUGCCCCUCCAAGCAGAAACGAGCAGGCAAAACUUCUUAAUUAUCCUCCCUUUCAGGUGCUUCCUUCAGUGCCCAGGCUGCUAACUGGAACUCUACCUUCUGGGUUAUAAUCCCUGUAUGCAUUGGACUUGGCCGUUUCUGUUUUUACUGACUGAUUUGUAUGGGAAAUGUCAUAGUGGUAUAGUAGUUGCAUGUCCUGCUUCUCUUCACUUGUGUUUUUCCUGAGUUCUUUGGUUUUCUUUUACAGCCUAGAGAUAUGCCAUUAGAUGAAUUGGUGAUACUUAAGUUGUCCUUGAGUUAUGUAUGUCUAUCUGUCUGGCCUAUGUGGAUUGGUAUCCCUUCCAGCAAUGGUUCCAUGCCUUAUGUUUGUUGCUUAUCAGAUUGGCAUCUCUUCCAACAUUGGUCCCAUGCCUUUUGCUGUUUGCUUGCCAAGAUAGGCUUUGGUUUCCCUGCAAUCCAUAGAAAGAUAAAGCUGAAGUAGAAUAAUGAAUGAAAAAAUCUGUAACAUUAAAAUCAUAUUGUUAUUUUACUAUAAAACAACACAUCAGCAGUUUUGAAAUGUUUGUACUGUAUUCGUACAGGCAGUGCAUUUGGUUAAUGUUUCCAUAUAUUAUGAUAGUAAGCAGAUUAGCUCAUCAAGCUGUAUAUAUUUUGUACUGAUAUGGCAAAGAAGCACAAACUGAAACAGCACAUCACACAGUGAAGGAAAAAUAUCCAUCUGUCCAGUGGUGUGAAGUUACAUCCAGUUCCUUUAGUGACCACCAUGAACAGUUGCCAUGAUCCACUCUUUUUUUACUAGGCAAAUUCUUUGUCUUUCGGCUUUUCCCAGUUAGGGGUCACCACAGCGGAACUCCGGUCCGCUAAUGAUUGGCAGUAGAUUUUCACGAACGCCGAGA